AAGCUCAAACGAGUUCCGGCUCUCGUUUGCACCCAUAGACGUUAAUUUAUUAUUGUUUUCCUUUGCUUCUUUAAUCCGUCUCCCCCUUUCCAACAAGUUUCUUCCCCUACCUCUCUCUCGCGAUCUAAUCUGCUCUUUUGAAUUGUGAACUCAUGACGCUUGGCUCAGGUGGAUCCAGUGUUGUCGGUGAAGCAGAGAAAGAAUAAUGGAAGACAGUUGGGGUAUGAAAAAGAGGCUAUAGAGAUGAAGAAAGUGCCUAGAAAUUUCAGAUUGCUGGAGGAACUUGAGCGUGGAGAAAAGGGUAUUGGAGAUGGCACAGUGAGUUACGGGAUGGAUGAUGGCGAUGACAUUUAUAUGCGCUCAUGGACCGGCACCAUCAUCGGUCCUCACAAUUCUGUACAUGAAGGACGGAUUUACCAAUUGAAGCUAUUUUGUGACAAAGACUACCCGGAGAAGCCUCCUACUGUCCGAUUUCAUUCUCGGGUUAACAUGACCUGUGUCAACCAUGAAACUGGAGUGGUGGAAGCAAAGAAGUUUGGAAUUCUGUCAAACUGGCAGAGAGAAUACACAAUGGAAGACAUACUGAUACAGCUGAAAAAAGAGAUGGCGGCUCCCCACAACCGUAAACUUGUGCAGCCACCCGAAGGUACUUUCUUUUAGUCGUUGAAGGAAUCAAGUAAAACGAGAAGAAAACAUAAUGUCAUGUGAUAUCUGGUGCACAUUUUUCAAAUGAUUUAUGGGUCAAAAUCCUCAUGGAAGUCAACAAAUGUAGUGGACAAUGUCUCCUUCAAAAAAACCCUUGUCCUGUUUCUUCAUCUUGAUGUUGUUUGAUUAAUGGGAUCUUUGUUUGUGUCAACUGUUUAAUAUAUGUAUCCAUUUUGACAACUCAAUUGUAAGAUUUGGCUCCGCGUGCAUGUUUCAUUGGUUUUACUAAAA